GAGAAGGAAGCAGCCGCCCUGUCAGUCUUUCAUUGAAAGCAGAAGAAAUAGCGAAAACUCAGGCGUUACGGCUUGCGCCAGGAUGAUCCACAGCCUGUUCCUGGUCAACUCUUCGGGGGACAUCUUCUUGGAGAAGCACUGGAAGAGCGUGGUGAGCCGCUCCGUGUGCGACUACUUCUUCGAAGCGCAGGAGCGUGCCAGCGAGCCGGAGAACGUGCCCCCCGUCAUCCCCACCCCGCACCACUACCUCAUCAGUGUGCUCAGGCACCGCAUCUACUUUGUGGCUGUCAUCCAGAGCGAAGUGCCCCCUCUCUUUGUCAUUGAGUUUCUACACAGGGUGGUGGACACUUUCCAGGAUUAUUUUGGUGUGUGCACAGAGGCAGCCAUCAAGGACAAUGUAGUGGUGGUGUAUGAGCUGCUGGAGGAGAUGCUGGACAAUGGCUUCCCGUUGGCUACUGAGUCUAAUAUUCUGAAGGAGCUCAUCAAGCCGCCCACCAUCCUCCGCACCGUGGUCAACACAAUCACAGGGAGCACCAACGUAGGAGAGCAGCUCCCCACUGGCCAGCUGUCUGUGGUGCCCUGGCGACGCACUGGCGUCAAGUACACCAACAAUGAAGCCUACUUUGACGUGGUAGAGGAGAUAGAUGCAAUCAUUGACAAAUCAGGUUCCACCAUCACAGCAGAAAUUCAGGGAGUGAUAGAUGCCUGUGUUAAGCUCUCAGGCAUGCCGGACCUCACUCUUUCAUUCAUGAAUCCACGCCUCCUGGAUGACGUCAGUUUCCACCCAUGUGUCCGAUUUAAACGCUGGGAGGCUGAGCGAAUCCUGUCUUUCAUCCCUCCUGACGGAAACUUCCGGUUGCUAUCUUACCACGUUAGCUCCCAGAACCUGGUGGCCAUCCCUGUGUACGUCAAGCACAACAUCACUUUCCGGGAGGGCAGUUCCCAAGGGCGCUUUGAGCUGACAUUGGGGCCUAAGCAGACCAUGGGCAAGGCUGUGGAGUCUGUGCUGGUCAGCAGUCAACUGCCCCGUGGGGUCCUCAAUGUCAACCUGAACCCCUCCCAGGGUACCUACACCUUUGACCCUGUCACCAAGCUGCUGUCAUGGGAUGUGGGGAAAAUCAACCCACAGAAACUACCCAGUCUGAAGGGGUCCAUGAGUCUGCAGGCUGGUGCCUCAAAGCCAGAUGAGAACCCCACCAUCAAUAUCCAGUUCAAGAUCCAGCAGAUGGCUAUAUCAGGUUUGAAGGUGAACCGACUAGAUAUGUAUGGGGAGAAGUACAAGCCUUUCAAAGGUAUCAAAUACAUGACCAAGGCUGGAAAGUUCCAGGUCCGGACAUAGAGGGAGAGCGUGACAGCACAGGCGCCCCUGACCCAGAGUUCCUGAGGGAAGAAGAGAUGAAGCAGCAUUGCCUUGAUACAUCCCCUAAAUUUCUGUCUCUCAGGUUUCGUUCACACUGUCAGUUGGUGUUUAAUGGAAGAGGUGUGUGUCACUGCAUAUAAACAGUACAGCUAUUUGCAGUCAAAUGUUUAAAGAUAAGAAAGUUUGUCCAAGUGUCACUCCUUUUAACACCAGAGCCUGAAAUAGACCCCACUACAGAGCAAUCAGUCUGACAUCUGCCCUUUGUGCCUGAUGUUGACAAGCUAUAUCCACCAGAACACCUGAACAUCUGCUUUUUUCUUUUCCAGACCAAAACAUACUAUCUGCCUUUUCCCCUCAACCCUCCCCUUUCUCUCUCAACUUUUUGUCCUCUAAUCCCCUCUUCUGCUGUGAAUCUUACUUGCCAUCUUACUUUUACUUUUGUUUUGUGCCCCACGUCCCUCCCCAUCCUACCAAAGCUUGCAUGGAGUGAGGUAUCCUCAGUCACCCCUGUUCUGUACUUCUUUGCCAUGACUGAAAUACAUUGUUUUGGCUUUCUUUGUCUUACAACCAUCACUGAGAUACAGCCACUAUGGCUUAGACCCUUAUUCGAGCUCCUGUAAACACUGCACUCUACCUUAACAUUCCUUUCUUCAAAUGGAACCACAGUGUUGUGUCCUUACAUUUAGGUGUUCUCUUUUUACUGUGGCCACCAAGGUCUUGUUUCUGGUUCUGACUCCGUGAACCCCAUCCCUGACUGGAGUAUAUCGCAGUGGCCAUGCGAGAGGCUGCAGAACCCGUGUCACCUGAAUGGGGAGCACUUACCUUCACUCUGUGUGUACUUACAGCAGUUCCAAUAUUAGCAUGAUUUUCACUUGUUUUUUGGCAUUUAUUAGGCCUUGUGUAUUAUUUAUUGUGUGGUGUCAUGGCUUGAUGGCAGAGCUGCUGUGUGGAACAAAGUUUGUUAGUGUUUUCAGUUGUGCUCUUGUGUUUGUCACAUCUACCCUGAUGUAGGUUUAUAGUGCUAUGAAAAUAAAGAAAUGGAAG